AACCAUGAAUCUAACUACCUUAAGUAGAAUCCUGCAAUCCGUCUCCAUCAUCUCCUUCCUGUCUGCCAAUAGCAUCUGGCUAUUCGACUCUCCCAUAUAUUGACCUUCCCAAAAACACCCAAAAUGGAGAAGAAGACAUGGUCAAUGCUGGAAAAUAACCCUGGUGUAAUGAAUCAAUUGGCAGCCAAGCUGGGUCUAUCGUCCGAGCUCCAGUUCUACGACGUCUACUCCCUGGACCCUGAACAAAUGGCACAUAUCCCUCGCCCUGCUCUGGCUCUACUGGUCAUCAUUCCACUUACCCCAGCUUGGGAUCAAAGUCGCAAGGCCGAAGACGCUAACACAGAACUAUACACCGGAUCUGGCCCGGACGAGCCAGUCAUAUGGUUCAAGCAGACCAUCGGCCACGCCUGCGGCUCCAUCGGUCUACUCCAUUGCUUGAUCAACGGUCCGGCUGUCGACUUCAUCCAGCCUGAUUCCGACCUCGCAGCGAUCCGGCGCCUCGCCAUACCGCUCGAUAUGACCCAUCGCGCCGAAUUGCUAUACAACAGCGAGCCAUUCGAAAUUGCUCACAAGUCGGUUGAACAGGCCGGCGAUAGCCACGCAGAUCCGACGCGUGAGCGUAAUGGGGGGCAUUUUGUGAGUUUUGUCAAGAGCGAUGGAAAGCUUUGGGAGCUGGAAGGGUCGAGGAAGGGUCCUCUGGAGAGGGUAGGUCUGGCCGACGACGAGGACGUUCUCAGCCCACGGGCGCUUGAAAUGGGUAUCAAGAGGAUCAUUCAGUUGAGCAUGGGUGGAGAAGACGAGAGCAUCCAGUUUAGCUGCAUUGCUUUAGCUCGCAGGCCUUAGACUCGAACUGGGGUUUGGCACACACGCAGUCCGCAUAUACCAUGCUGUGGGCAAUAUGAUAGCGAAGCCUGUAUGAGACCAAGUCUGUCAGCCGUCGAGAAGAAAGACGACGGUUCGCCCUGGCCGGAGGAAGCGACUGGGUUCUGUCC